AUGACAUUUUGCAUUUACAAAGGAUAUACUCACAUCAGUGUUACGCAGAAUAAUCUCCAAGAGCUUAAGGAGAUUUGGGAUCAAUGGGGCAGCGAGACUAAACAGUUAUUCUAUGGUAAUUACGGAGACUUACCUUACUUGCUCGAUGUUCAAAUAGAUGAGCAUUUGUUCCGAGCCCUGGCUCAGUUUUGGAAUCCAGCGUACAGUUGCUUUACUUUCAGGGAAGUAGACUUGGUGCCUACCGUAGAGGAGUACACUGCCUUGUUACGAUGUCCCAGGUUCCAAGCGGAUAGAAUCUAUUCUCGAGCUGUUAAUGUCCCUACCUUUUGGAAGAAAUUGAUGGCUAUUACAGGGAUGAGCGAGCAGUGGAUUACAGCCAGGAUUAAAGAGAAAGGUGAGUGCAAGUGCAUUUCAUGGGACGCUUUGAAGGGCCUGAUUUUGACGCAUCCCGAUGAAACAAAAAGGGUAGAUGUAUUUGCCUUAAGUUUGUACGGAUUGAUGGUGUUCCCUAGGGCUUUGGGAUAUGUGGAUGAGGCAACCACAGAUCUUUUCCAUAGACUCAAUAAGAGGGUCACUUCUGUCCCUGCAAUUUUGGCAGAGACAUUCAGGUCCUUAGGCACAUGUAGAAAAGCUGGUGCAGGCAGGUUUGUUGGUUGUGCACAAUUACUUCUAGCUUGGUUCUAUAGUCAUUUUUGGUUGAUAGAUAAGGUUGUUUGUCGGGUUUUCUUCGAGGAUUACUCACCACUGAAGGAUAUAGUUGCUUCAACUAGGAAAGUUGAUGUUCCAGAGGAGAAUUGGAUGGCACUACUACAAAAUCUUCAGCCGAAAGAUGUUGAGUGGAGAGCUCCGUGGAUGAUUCCUAGUGAGAUUCUUUACCGUUGCGGCAGUUUCGAUUGGGUCCCUUUAUUGGGAAUUUGGGGUGCCAUUGGUUAUGCCCCCUUGCUCGUGUUAAGGCAAUUCGAUUUGAGGUAG